UCGAUGUGCUUACUUGCGUCCAAGAUCAUUGGUCGGCUCAUUGCGCUAGCGUUUUUUCGAUGCUCUUUAUAAAAGACGCACAAAAGUCAAGCGCCAACCAUUUACAUCAUUUAAGCGUUCGAUAAAUGUACGGAUCGUUCGAUCGAUCACUUGAUAUCAGUUUCUAUUUUUUUUUAUUGAUCAUUGUUGACACUGAUCAGUGACACUUGUCAAGCUCAUCGUAAAUCGACGUGUGAAAAUGCCGUUUCCAGAUACCACCAAUGGUCACGAUAGCUUUCCAGCUAUCAAACGAUCCACCAAUAACGAGUUUAACGCGAAGAAUGCGCAACACACGUACACGUUCGAAACAUUGCAGGAAUCGGCACGAUACUUGUUGGAUCGCAUAAAAAUCAAACCAAAAAUAGGAAUUAUAUGUGGCUCAGGAAUGGGAUCAUAUGAGCAAAACGAGUUGUGUCCAGGUUCGCUCGCUGAAUUCCUCGUGGACAAGCAAUGCUUUCCUUAUGAAGAAAUUCCGCACUUCCCGAUGUCCACAGUGAAGGGUCACACCGGUCAAAUGGUCUUCGGGUAUCUUCAGGGUGUGCCAGUUAUGUGCAUGCAAGGCAGAUUUCAUUAUUACGAGGGUUAUCCGCUCUGGAUGUGCGCGAUGCCAGUGAGGGUGAUGAAGCUAGUGGGGGUGACACACCUAAUCGCGACAAACGCAGCCGGCGGUCUAAAUCCUACUUACAAAGUUGGCGAUAUCAUGAUAGUGAAAGACCACGUGAACAUGAUGGGUUUUGCCGGCAACAACCCGCUUCAAGGACCGAAUGAUGACAGAUUUGGUCCUCGAUUUCCGCCUAUGAAUAAAGCCUACAAUUCCACACUGAUAGAAAUCGGUCGACAAGUCGCUGAAGAAAUGGGUAUCGCCGAUAUCGUGCAUAACGGUGUUUACACGUGUUUGGGUGGCCCAAAUUUCGAAACAGUAGCGGAACUUAAAAUGCUGAGAAUGAUCGGCGUCGAUGCAGUCGGCAUGUCUACUGUUCACGAGGUAAUCACUGCCCGCCAUUGCGAUCUUACUGUGUUCGCGUUCAGUCUAAUCACCAACUCGUGCGUCAUUGAUUACGAGGAUCAUGGCGAGGCAACUCACGAGGAAGUAAUGGAUGUUGGCAAGGCGCGACAGCAUCUUCUUCAGGAAUAUGUAUCCAGGAUUGUCGUACGUCUCACAGAUGUUCUAAAAAUGAAGCAGUGAAAAGUAAAAUGACACAUUUAAGACUUUGAACGAUCAAUAGAAUAAUUUGCUUCUUUUGCGAGAGCGAUUUGUUUCAGUUCUCAUUUCUAAACGAAGCUAUCGAACAAAGACAUUUGUUUUGAACGAUGAACUGAUAACGCGAACAUAUUUUAGUGUCGUUGUUAUACAUUUGAAGCAUGUAACUGUUCUCUUCGUUGCUUUCAAAUUAAUUUCAAUUGACUUUAUUUUAACGAAAAAAAGUUCAGAAAAAAAAAGAAAAAGUUGAUUGACAGGUCGGUCUUUGAAUCUUUGUUAUUCGUUCAUGUCUGGCUUCUUUAGUCGACGCUCUACUUAUCUGAAUUCGGAUUCAAUCAGAUCUCGAUUGAUUCGUUACACGUCUUGAGGGAGAAGGCCGAAGGAAGAAGAAGAGAGGAUUUAAAAACGAACGGUUAGUCGCUGCGCGACUUCUUCUCUCGAUUUUCUACCUUCGUUUCGUUAUCCUCAUCUCGUUUUCCGCCCUCUUCCAUCGCUAAUGCAUCGUCGUUCAACUCCGAUAAAUCUCGAAGCUUGAAGACCAUACGGCGCAAGAAUGCCAAAUUAAAUUAUGAUUCGACAAGCGGAAAAAUUACGCGGUAGUGAAACGAGCACGAAGAACAUCUCGCUAAGCUCUUGUAUAUUGGAUAUCACAAAAUUCUUAUGCCUUUAAACAAAUCAAUUAGAAAUAUUGUUUUUCAAAAAAGUACAAAAAUGGACUUUACACAAGACAAAUAAAAAAUGAAGAUCUAUUUAGUAUUUAAGAAGUUAAUAAGAUAAAAGUAUAGAUUUUGUUAAUGUAAAUAUUUUAUUUUAAGUUACGAUUACAUUAAGUAAUACACGUGUUUAUUGUAUUUCAAAUGAAAUGUUAACAAUUAACUGCAUGAUUUCAAAUAAUAAGUUUUAAUUUCAAUAAGCGUCAUAUACAAAUUCGAUUUAAUUUCCGUUAAUGUUUAAUUUGUUUCUGUAGUGUAUGUAUAGUAUACUGUUUUUAACCUUAUACAAAUAUGUUUUUGCGCGUGUGUGUACUUUCAGUGUUUAAUAAUUUUUCAAGCACACAAAUAUAUACGCAAGUACAUUUUUUCCGUUUUUGUUAAUCAAAUAAACUAAAAUUGACACACUCUGCUGCAGCGGAGAGAUGUAAUUAAUAUAUAUAAGUAGUAGACGUACGAAACGGUGAGCGUUACAAUUACAUUGUAACUACAUCGACUAGCACCAUUAUAUCGUGUAAUAUUGCUAGAAAUGUAUCAAAUAAUGAGAUCUAAGUAUCUGGAGUAAUUAUGUAUUUCGUCCAAUUGACCGAGUUCUCUGUAAAGUCGUAUGUAUAUAUACAAAUAGUACGUAGACUGUUUUAACUCGUACUUCUUUCAAUGAGAGAAGAAAAUAUAUAUUUAAAACAUA